UUGACUGACUUUUAUGUUUCGUAUUUCGUCGUAAUUUUUUUAUUUAUAGCUGCCGAAGACGAAAGUCGCAACAGAUACAAACUAUUUUUGGAAUGUACACUCAUACUGACUUCGGUCGUCCCUCCGGAACUGCCAAUUGAACUUUCUUUAGCCGUCAACCAUUCUCUGCUGGCAUUGCAGAAGUUAGGGAUAUUCUGUACGGAACCGUUUCGCAUCCCUUUCGCAGGUAAAGUCGACAUAUGUUGUUUCGACAAAACUGGCACGUUGACCUCGGAUAAUCUGAUAGUAGAGGGUGUGACAGCACCGAACUCUGGUGUGGAAAUUUGUCCUUACCCCGAAUUGCCGGUUGAAACAAGACGUGUUCUUGCUUCAUGCCACAGUCUGGUUAAGAUGGAGGACGAAGUCAUAGGUGAUCCUUUGGAGAAGGCCUGUCUGGCAUAUGCCGAGUGGGUUUUGACUCGAAACGACUCGGUGAUUCCGACAAAAGGAAAUGACCUGCCACUCCACAUCAUCCACCGUUAUCAUUUUUCGUCGUCACUGAAGCGGAUGUCCGUUAUUGCCAGCUACAUAUCCAAUAAUUCUGCGAAUGUCACGUAUUUUGCUGUGACAAAGGGGGCGCCGGAAAUCUUAAAAUCACGAUUUGUGGAAAAGCCAAAAAACUAUGAUGAACUGUUCCAGAAAAUGAGCCGUGAGGGUGCCAGGGUUCUUGCUCUUGGUUACAAAGAACUCGGAGUCCUUACUCUUCAAGAAGUUAAAAAAAUCAGCCGAAGCGAAAUUGAAAGCGGAUUGGUGUUUUGUGGAUUUCUCGUCAUGACUUGUCCGUUAAAAUCAGAUUCGAAGCGAGUCAUGCAGGAAAUUCUAUGCUCUAACCACAAGGCUUUGAUAAUCACCGGCGAUAAUCCGUUAACAGCUGCUCAUGUAGCAAAAGAACUGAAUUUUUUCGAUCCAACGAAGACUGUGCUCAUUUUGAAUGAACCGAAGAACAGUAUAGAUGACGAGUGGAUGUGGAUUUCCGUAGAUCGAUCGGUCCGUAUUCCCCUUGUUCCGCUGCAGGGGUCAAAUUACCUCGUUAGCAGUUUCGAGCUGUGUGUCACUGGCGCGGCUCUCAAUGUUUUGCUCAGUGUCAACAGGACAUUUUUUGAUGCUAUUCUUCCGCAUAUUAAAGUGUUUGCCAGAACAACCCCGAAACAGAAGGAGCUGGUGAUCAACAACCUAAAGCUUAAUGGAUUUGUAACAUUGAUGUGUGGCGAUGGGACCAACGACGUUGGCGCGCUGAAGCAUGCCGACGUUGGGGUGGCACUUUUGUCCCAUCCAUUGCCGGCUUCUAAAAGUAAGGCUGCCACAUCUGAAGGACGUCAUCGUCGUCACAUCAAUGCGUCUAGCGAUGAUCGGAAGCGUAAGGACCACAUAAAAUCAGCCGGCAGUCACCCUCACCGAAUUAACAAUGCAGCCGCUUUCCAGAAAAUUAAAAACGCUAGUUCCUCCUUAGAACCACGUGUUUCAGAGACCAGCAAAAAGCUAGAAAAGUUGCUGAAAGAAAUGGAAGAAAGCGAAGAUGUCCAAGUUCGACUUGGCGACGCCUCUGUCGCUGCUCCUUUCACUUCCAAGUAUUCGUCGAUCUCGUCCAUCUGUCACAUCAUUAAACAAGGUCGAUGUACGCUUGUCACGACGCUGCAGAUGUUCAAAAUUUUGGCCCUGAACGCACUCAUUCUGGCCUACAGUCAAAGUGUACUUUAUUUGGACGGAGUGAAGUUCUCUGACACUCAAGCGACCGUACAGGGUCUUCUUUUGGCCGCUUGCUUUUUCUUCAUAUCUCGAUCGAAGCCGCUCAAAUCUUUGGCCAAACAGCGACCGCUGUCUAAUAUAUUCAAUAUCUACACGCUUGCCACUAUAUCGACCCAGUUCCUUGUUCACUUUUUUGUGUUGGUCUAUUUGGUUCAACAAGCGCAUGAACUGGACAUAUUACAUGAAACCGAAAAGGUAGAUCUGGACGCGAAGUUCAAACCCAGCCUUAUUAACACCACUGUGUAUGUCGUAUCUGUCAUACUGCAAACUUCUACCUUCGCUGUCAACUAUCACGGUCGACCAUUCAUGGAAAGCAUAACGGAAAAUAAAGGUCUUCUCUACAGCUUGGCGCUUCCAUCGGUGAUGGUCGGCGUGUUAGCGGCAGGACUUAUGCCAGAGAUGACAGUGAAGUUUGAGCUUGUCUCCUUACCUGCUGAAGUAAGAGAUAGGUUUCAUUUGUGGUCAUUUGUUAUUCUCGUUGCUAUGGUUUUCAUAGUUAUUCCGUCAGCAUAUCAAAAAUUUGACAGGAAUCAGACAGAUGCGAUAUAAGU